GCUGAUAACGUUAACUUUGACCUGCUUGUGUUCCGCAGCUGACCUGUGUGCUUGUGAAUUCAGAUGCGCUUCUAGAUUACCGUGUGGGCCCGGUGUUGACAAAGCGCAGAUCCAACUCCUAGCUAAGCUAACCCUGCAUUUCCAGCGCGGACGGACCUUAGUCUGUGGGCGUUUCGUUGAAAGCAUAGACUGUUUAUAAGGCUGAAAGCAGAAUGUGGGGUAUUUGCAGCAGAGCUAUGGUAAAGGUGGGAAUGGCGAAACCUUGUGGCUUAGUGAAACCCUGUCACUUGGUGAAACCUGUAUCAGCGACUCGGGUAUCUGGCAGAUACCUGACCCACCAGAAGGGACUACCCGGUCUGCCUGUCCCCCCUCUGCAGCAGACCUGUGAGCGCUACAUCACCGCCCUGGAGCCCAUCGUGGAGGUGGACGAACUGAAGCACACUAAAGAGCUGGUGGAAGAGUUUCAGAAAGCAGGAGGGGUUGGAGAGAGACUGCAGAGAGGCCUGGAAAACAGAGCACGCAACACUGACAACUGGUUGUCAGAGUGGUGGGUGCAGGUUGCUUAUCUUGAUUACCGGAUGCCUGUGGUGGUCCAUUCAAGUCCUGGGUUGGUCUUGCCCCGCAUGAACUUCAGUGAUAAGCAGGGACAAAUAAGGUUUGCUGCCAAACUGAUAGCAGGUGUUUUGGACUUUAAAACAAUGAUUGACAAUGAGACACUACCUGUUGAAUAUCUGGGAGGGAAGCCCCUGUGUAUGAAUCAGUACUAUGAAGUGCUGUCGUCCUGCCGUAUCCCUGGUCUGAAGAGAGACUCAGUGGUGAACCACGCCAAAAGCUCCAGGCCCCCCAGACAUAUAACUGUAGUGCACAACUUUCAGUUCUUUGUGUUGGACGUGUACAACAGUGAUGGCACCCCACUGACCGCUGAUCAGCUCUGUGUUCAGCUGGAGAGGAUCUGCAGCUCCUCACUACAGUCCAACACGGAGCCUGUCGGCAUCCUCACCACCCAGCAUCGCGACUCAUGGGGCAAGGCCUACGUUAACCUCAUCGAGGAUAAGACCAACAAAGAAUCUGUGUCAGCUAUCCAAAGGAGCAUCUUCACACUGUGUUUGGAUGGAGCGAUGCCUCGAGUGUCUAAUGAGAUGUACCGCAGCUGUGCUGGCAUCCAGAUGCUGCAUGGAGGAGGCAGCCAGUGGAACAGUGGCAACCGCUGGUUUGACAAGACCCUGCAGUUUAUUGUUGGAGAGGACGGGUCAUGUGGUGCGAACUACGAGCACGCCCCAGCCGAGGGCCCACCAAUAGUGGCCUUGAUCGACCAUGUCGUCGCAUACACGAGGAAGCCGGAGAUGACGCAGUCUCCCACGGUGCCUUUGCCCAUGCCCCAGAAACUCCACUUCAACAUCACACCUGAGAUCAAGAAGGACAUUGAGGAAGCCAAGCACAACAUGAACAUACUGGCCCAAAACCUGGAUAUGAGGGUCAUGGUAUUUGGCCACUUUGGGAAAAGUGUUCCAAAGGCCCACAAGAUGAGCCCGGAUGCUUUCAUACAGAUAUCACUACAGCUGGCUUACUACAGGAUGUACCAGCGCUGCUGUGCCACGUAUGAAAGUGCCUCCCUGCGGAUGUUCAGACUGGGCCGUACAGAUACAAUCCGAUCAGCCUCGGUGGCCUCAGCUGCCUUUGUCAGGGCCUUUGAUGAUCCCAGCAAACAGAACACAGAGAAGGUUGAUCUAAUGGAGAAAGCUGUAAAAGCACACAGGUCAUAUACUAAUAUGGUGAGUGGCAGAGAGUUAAGGACUGGUCUCGUGUUAUUCUAAUUUUUUUUUAUGUCAACUAAUUCCAUAUGC